UUUCAUUUAUAGUUUAUUUAUUUUUUAUUGAUUGUAAAUAUAUUUUAUUUAUCAUUUAUCAAGAAUUUAUUUAUCAUUUAUUAACUUUAACAAUUUAUUUAUAAUUUUCUAUUAAUUUAACGCUGACUUUGUAUAGAUGAUAAAUAUUCCGAUGGCGAAAACUCUUCAGAUUCUGAAAUCAGUGGAUCACGAAAUAACUUGAUCAUGAAUUUUGCGGACAAUUUUGAUUUUCUAAAACCACUGAAAAAAUGUACUUCAUCGUUACGUGUUGUAACGAGUAAAGAUUCCCUCAAUGAACAACUUUUCAACAAUUUGCCAAAUAUGAAAAAUGAAAAUAAAAGAACAGAAAAAAAUGAAAAAGAAAUAAUUUCAAAUGAAAUUAAUAAUAAUGAAACAUUUGCAAUUCAAGAUACAAGUUCAGUUUUUGAAGUUGAUGAUUGUGUAUCAUUAGCACAAGAUUCAAUUAAUCCUUAUCAAUUUUCAAUGCUGACAUCACCUGACACACAAUCAAUUCGUAAGAAUUCUUCCUACGUCUCGGGACAUUUUGUGGAAAAUUUUCCUGAUCUUGAUUUGUCACCUAUACCAAAUAUUUCGCCGAAAAAUGAUAAUUGUCAACAAUCUAAAAUCGAAUUUAAUGAUAAGGAAUCUACGCAUCUGAAAGACAAUGAAAAAAAUCAUCAGAAAAAUUCAUUGAAGUGUGAACAGAUGAAAAAUUUUUCCAAUUCAACACAAAGUGUGAACUGUUUAGAAAAAUCGUCAGACUUUUAUUUUAGUUGUAGAGAUUUUAAAUCGUUAUUAUCUGAUGAAAUAAAGUCCAACGGGAGAAAAAUAAAAAUUCCAAAACUCAAUUUAGAAGAAGAAGGAUCAGAAAUUCAAAAAACUAAUACACCUGACGUGUUAGGAUCGAAAAUUCCAAUUCCUUCGAGAAAGUCGAAUGUUUUUACAAAAACCGAAUCAAAUGAACAUUUCAAAAAACUAGAAUUAACUAGAUUCGAUAAGAAUAAAGAAAAUUUACGAUUGAGGGAAUCGGAAAUUUCUUUAGAAAAAUUUGUACAACUGGAAAUUUCAACGGGCUGUUGCAGUGCGUCACAUUUAAACCAAAAAUCAUCUAAAAAAACCUAAAAAAAAAUUAGAGAAAAAAAUU